UAUGAAUUAAACCUUGAUUGUGAAAUGAUCUCUCUGUAAAGUAGUGACUUGCGGUUUAAUUAAGUUACUGUAGAUCUGUAGCUAUUAUGCUGAAAGUAGUGCUUUUGUUGUUGGUUUUCAUAUCUUUGGUCGCUGGAGCUUGUCGGAUAUACCUUCAGAACAAUGUAACUCAUGAUAAGUCACCACUAUUUUUGCAACGGAAAGGAAUGCUCUACACUUUAGUGCAACCACAUGGAUCUCAUUUUCAGCUGAAAGAUGGUGAAAACGUCGUGUUGGGAUGUGCUAACACAAGGAACAAAAUUGCUGAAAUCAAUGAAAAUCAUGCCGAAGUAUCAUGUAUCAGAAAUGACGAAUUCAAAUUCAAAGAUCGUAAACUGCAGUAUGACAAACUGAACUGUUCGUCACCUGUUUCAAGUUCGAUUAAAGCUCAAAAUCGACCGUGUGCGGCUGGUUUGGGGAGGUGGUACAACCUUGGAUUCGAAGUUUUAGGAGUACCAUUUAUCAGCUAUUUCCAAUCAUGCUACAAUCUGGAAAAGUCAUCUGUGAUCUACACCGAGCAUGAUCUACUGGGGAAAUCGAUCGAUAAUGCGCAAGUAGGCAACGAUAGACCAUCAUUCAAAAUAGGUGGACUAAAGGUUAAAGCACGGUUGUCUACUGUUUACACCCAAAACUCACAACGUACUAGGCUAACCGAACUCCUUGGAUCCGAAGAACAAGCCAACCAGUACGUCUCAAAGUCAUCAUUUUUUGCUAAGGGUCACCUCACUCCGGACGGCGACUCAGUGUUGAAUACCUGGGCUGGAGUGACGUAUUAUUACAUCAAUGUUGCACCGGAGUGGCAGAUUAUCAACACCGGCAAUUGGUUGCGCGUUGAAAAUGCCGCUCGCAAGACUGCAGCUAAGCUCAAUGAUACCGUAACAGUAUUCACUGGAGUUUACGACGUUUUAACUCUGCCCGACAUCAACGGUCGGAUGGUUCCAAUCACUCUCGCUGAUGACGACCAGGUGGAAGCUCCGAAAUGGCUUUGGAAAAUUUUAUUCCACCCAGCAUCGAACGCUGCUAUUGCAUUCGUUACCCUGAACAAUCCAUUCGCUGCAAGCGGUGAACAGCUGUGCAACAACAUCUGUAGCCAAUAUGGCUGGGCCCAGCAGGAGUUUCAGGAUUUGCGACGGGGUUACACCCUCUGUUGCACAGUGCGAGAUCUCCGCAAAGUAAUCCCAUUCAUCCCAUCGAAAGCAGACGGUGAAAAAAUUCUUCGAUUUAAUUAAAUUGUUUUCUACCGGUUUAGAGUACCUACGUAUAUUGAAUUUUUUGAGGUGCAAAUACGAAUGAAAAAACAGGACCUUCAGAAUUCAAAUUUAUACAAAUAUCAGAUGAUUGGGUGCAGCCGACCCAAACGAAGAUCAGCAAACGUGAAGUCUACUCAAAAUUGCGAAAAUAAAAUUCAAUGAAUAUGCAUUCAAA